AUGGUUGGGGGGCCUCUGUGGACGGGACGGGACGAGAGGAUGAAGCCAGGCGCGUUUAUUCCGGUCUCUGCAGCCGCCUGUUUUCUCGUCGGCUCCACCACUUUAUUCUUCGUCUUCACGUGUCCGUGGCUGGCCCGGACUAUUUCCCCUGCCUUGCCGCCAUGCUGUGCCAUCCUCUUCGUCUUUGUUCUGGCCAACUUCUCCAUGGCAACCUUCAUGGAUGCGGGCAUACUCCCAAUGGCCGACGAGGACGAGGACAAGGACGACGACUUCCGCGCGCCGCUGUACAAGAACGCGGACGUGAACGGCGUGCAGGUGCGCAUGAAGUGGUGCGCGUCCUGCCACUUCUACCGUCCUCCGCGCUGCUCGCACUGCAGCGUCUGCGACCACUGCGUGGAGGACUUUGACCACCACUGCCCCUGGGUGAACAACUGCAUCGGCCGCCGCAACUACCGCUACUUCUUCCUGUUCCUGCUGUCUCUGACCGUUCACAUGGUGGGCGUGUUCUCCUCGGGCCUCCUCUACGUCCUCGCCCACCGGGAAGACCUGCAGGAGCUGCACUGCGUCGUCACUCUGGUGGCGGUGAGCAUCUCGGGCCUGUUCCUGCUCCCCGUGCUGGGCCUGACGGGCUUCCACCUCUUCCUGGUGUCCAGAGGACGCACCACCAACGAGCAGGUCACCGGCAAGUUCCAAGGCGGGGUGAACCCUUUUACACAAGGCUGCUGCAGCAACCUGGAAUACCUGGUCUGCAGUCCCAUCACUCCCCAGUACACAUCCAGGCCUUGCAAGAAAAGUAACAUCCACGUUCGCCCUCCGUUUGUGAGGCCCGGGAUGGACCUACAGAUGCCAGUUAAAGUCCGGGAUAAUGGCAUCCAAGGCCACAAUGUCCAAAUUAAACGUUACUCAGGAUUGGUUCUGGAGGAAGCGGCCUCUGAUCGGAUCACCACUGCGCCCUCGCUGCUCGCCAAACCCGACCACGGUCCGCUGAAGAGCCACCUGGACGGCAGACGGACAGCUGAGACAGGACACCACACCAAGACCAUGAUCCCCGUGUCCAUCCCCACCGUGCCCCAGCUGAGGCCGGUUCUGGAGGCGGUCUCCAGGGGGUCCUCGCCCAUCUCUCCUGAGCAGCUGGCUCAGACCGCCGGGCCCCCUGACCGGACCCUGAGGGCCCCCAACCCCUCCCCCACGGGCUCUAAGACCAGUCCGGGGCGGUCGGUCUACCAGGAGCUCCAGCCCCUCUUCCAAACCCCCGGCGGCGGCGGCCCCAGCUCCCUGAACUCCCUCACGCUCAACUCCCGCUCCCUGACCCUCAAACACGGCUCCCGCCACGGCCCCCAGGCCCCGCCCUCGCCGGCCACGCCCUCCGACGCCCUCCCGUUCCCUGCCCCGUCCGGCCCGCUGUCCGGCCGCAGCGUGAGCCUCUCCUACGACAACCUGCCGCACCAGGGGGACUCCCAGUGGCUGGCCCAGCGGGGGAUCCCCUCCAUGAGCUACCACCCCCACUUCAUGACCCUGGCGGCCGAGGGCUGCCUGGCGCAGGCGCAGGGCCCGCCCCCCGCCACGCCGCGGCUCACCUACAGCCCCGUGUUCGCUGGGACCCCCGGACGCUCCCCGCAGCCCCGGGACCCCUCGCCCUCCCUCAAGGGGCUGUCGUCGCGGGAACCGUCUCCCUCCAUGCAGGGGCUGGCGCCCAGAGAGCACUCGCCCUCCUACCAUCACCCCGGGGGGGUCGCGGCGGCGUCCCCUGCGGCGGGCACGGGCCCCCGGGACCCCGCCCCCCAGGCGCUGACGCCGCUGCGGUCGGCGGCGGCGCGCUACGACAACCUCUCCAAGACCAUCAUGGAGUCCAUCCAGGAGCGGCGGGAGCUGGAGGAGAGGGAGCGGAUGUUGCGCACGCAGUCCGCCCGCAGCCAGGGCGCCCACCCCCACGACCCGGGGCUCUACGGCGCCGACCUGGGGGUCUACGACAUCCCCAGCAGGCGCAGCCUCCCGCCCGCCGUGGGCGGCGAUAGCGACGACGGCGGCGGCGACGACGGCGGCGGCAGACCCCCCGCCGGCCCCUCGGCCCGGGGCCCCACCCCGCCGGCCUACGGCUCCCGGGAGUUCCUGAUGAGCACGGGGAUCCUGGGCUACGGGCUGACGCGGGGCGGGCCCCUGUCCAGCUCCUCCACCUCGUCCCUCACGCGGGGCCCCAAGACCUCCAGCUCCCCGCUGCAGAGCAGCAGCAGCUCCAGCCUGCAGAGCAAGGGCCGCUCCUCCUCGCCGCACUACGCCGGCGGUGGCGGGGACCCCGAGAGACGGACCCCGCCCUUCCACCCCUCCUCCACCUCCACGCUGCCCCGGAACCUGUCCUCCUCCACCGGCUCCUCCGCCUCCUCCACCUCCAACUACGCGUCGCACUACGGCACCACCAAGCGCUCCUCGCUCAGCUUCAACCCAGACGGCGGGAAGGACCCGGGCUCCAUGAAGUAG